AGAAGUUAAAAUUUUGUCUGUCCCGAUCAUUUUGUCUAUCCCCUGUAGAUAGAUAGAUUGAAUGGUCUACACAAAAAAAAAACAGACAACCCGCAAACUUGAGAACCUCUGGCUUUACACAUAUAAACUGUGGCUCUCUUUAUCCAGUUCAACACUCGAACCACUCGAUUCCUUUUAGUUCAGCAGCACAAACUGAUCCGAACGGACGAAAUGAGUGAAACAACUUCUCGUGAUGACGUAUUUUCUUACAAGCCAUUGGAUACCGAGCUAGCCAAGGCUCUCAGUUGCCCGGCGGCAACAGCAUUUAUCGAAGUGAAGCCGGUGGAGAAAUUUACAGCUUCUGAUAGUCCCUUCAGCGACGGUUUACCUUGGGAGCCGAAAGCAUGCGUGCUGCCGGAGAAAUAUCAACACUUUGCCGAGCGGGUGCGAAACUUUACAGUCUAUGACGAUGACGUAUGGAUUAUUACGUUUCCAAAAUGCGGCACCACCUGGACGCAGGAGAUGGUCUGGUUGAUUGAUCAUAAUCUAGAUUAUGAACGAGCCAAAAGCGAAAGUCUCAAUAGUCGUUCGGUGUAUUUGGAAAUUGCAGGUAUCGCAAAGAACCUUCCCGUUGACACCGUAGCAGCUGCUGCGAGUAAAGCCCGUCCUCGUCAUAUCAAGUCCCACCUUCCGAUGGCGCUUUUGCCGAAACAGCUGUGGACGGUCAAACCGAAGAUCAUCUACGUGUCCCGAAAUCCCAAGGACGUGGCCGUUUCGUACUGGCAUCACUAUCAGAUGAUCAUGGGCUACCGUGGCACACGUGAAAUGUUUUUGGAAGCCCUGCUUGCCGAUCAGGUGGUAUACUGCCCUCAAGUUGAGCAUGUUUUGGAUUUCUGGCGCUUACGCAGCGAACAGAACGUUCUGUUUUUGACCUACGAGCAAAUGAAAAAAAAUCUGCGGGAAGUGCUGACAAAAGUGUGCGACUUUUUUGGAAAGCAAUACUCCGAUGAACAAUUGGACGAACUGGCACGUCAUCUCUCGUUUGAUGAGAUGAAAAAGAACCCGGCGACUAACAACUCUGACUUGACCAGGGGUGCAAUGGCAAUGAACGGCCGAAAAGGGGAAUCAUUUGAAUUUAUGAGGAAAGGUCAAGUGGGAGACUACAAAAACGAACUCCCAGCAGAGUAUAUCGCACGUCUGGAUCAAUACAUUGCAGAGGAACUUCGUGAUAGUGAUUUUAGAUUUGAUUUAUAGUAGGUUUCAUCUUUUAAUGUCGUCUUUGUUCCCAAAUUAAAGCCUGCGCACUUUAGA